GCCGCCGCCGCCGCCGCUGCCGCAGCCGCCGCACUUCCUGGGGCCACUGCGCCGCCGUCCGCGGGCAGGUGGCUGGUGCGCCGGGCAGCGGUCGCCGGGCUCCAGCCCCUCUCAGGCCGCGCGCGUCCCGGCCUCGGAGGCAGCCCGGCCAGGGGCCCGGUGCCUUUUGUCUGGCGCAGAGCGGGCGUUUGCAUCACAUUUCGGACACCUCCCUCUCCUUUUCGCCUCUCCUUCUCCCUCCCGCUCACAUCUCCUCCUCAGUCCCGCCGCGGUCCCCCCAAGGACUGCCGGCCUCCUGGAUCAAAGCCCGCGGACGUCUCUACUCGAGCGAUGUCUCCUCUCCAGAAAGUUGCCGCCACCGCCGCCGCCACCGGGCGGUGAAACAAAGUCUGGCACGGUCGCCUCCCGGUGCAGGAGCGCACCCGUGCCCAGCGGCUGGACUCCGCUGCCGGGCGUGCCGCCUCCCCCCGGGGAGCCCGAAACGCGCUCGGCUAUGGCCGAGGGCGCAGCCAGCAGGGAGGGUCCAGCGCUAACAGACGCGGCCGGGAGCGAAGACGACCCCCGAGUGGGCCCGGACGCCGCCUCCGGGGACGGCGUGGCGGCGGCCCCUGGGGGCCAGUGGAGGGACCGUCGCAGCGGGGUCGCGCUACCCAGCGCUGCAGGGGCCCCGGCGGACGGCGAGGCCGGCCUCCUGGAGGCUGCGCGGGCGACCCCCCGGCGCAGCAGCAUCAUCAAGGAUCCUGCAAACCAAAAAUGUGGUGGAAGAAAGAAAACCGUGUCUUUCAGCAGCAUGCCAUCAGAAAAGAAAAUCAGUAGCGCAAGCGACUGCAUCAGCUUCAUGCAAGCUGGCUGUGAACUGAAGAAAGUACGGCCAAAUUCUCGCAUUUACAACCGUUUUUUCACUCUGGACACAGACCUCCAAGCUCUUCGCUGGGAACCUUCCAAGAAAGACCUUGAGAAAGCUAAGCUUGAUAUUUCUGCCAUAAAAGAGAUCCGACUGGGGAAGAACACGGAAACAUUUAGAAACAAUGGCCUUGCUGACCAGAUUUGUGAGGACUGUGCCUUUUCCAUACUCCACGGGGAAAACUACGAGUCUCUGGACCUAGUUGCCAAUUCAGCAGAUGUAGCAAACAUCUGGGUGUCAGGGUUACGGUAUCUGGUUUCUCGAAGUAAGCAACCCCUUGAUUUUAUGGAAGGCAACCAGAACACACCAAGGUUUAUGUGGCUGAAAAAGGUGUUUGAAGCAGCAGAUAUCGAUGGGAAUGGGAUUAUGUUGGAAGACACCUCUGUAGAGUUAAUAAAACAACUCAACCCUACCCUGAAGGAAUCCAAGAUCAGGUUAAAGUUUAAAGAAAUCCAGAAGAGCAAAGAAAAGCUAACCACCCGAGUGACAGAGGAGGAGUUUUGUGAAGCUUUUUGUGAACUUUGCACCAGGCCAGAAGUGUAUUUCUUACUUGUACAGAUAUCUAAAAACAAAGAGUAUUUGGAUGCCAAUGAUCUCAUGCUUUUUUUAGAAGCUGAGCAAGGAGUCACCCAGAUCACCGAGGACAUGUGCUUAGACAUUAUUCGGAGAUAUGAGCUUUCUGAAGAGGGACGUCAGAAAGGGUUUCUUGCAAUUGAUGGCUUUACCCAGUAUUUGUUGUCACCAGAAUGUGACAUUUUUGAUCCUGAACAAAAAAAGGUUGCCCAAGAUAUGACCCAGCCAUUAUCUCACUAUUACAUCAACGCCUCUCACAACACCUAUCUCAUAGAAGACCAGUUCAGGGGGCCGGCUGACAUUAACGGGUAUGUUAGAGCUUUGAAAAUGGGCUGUCGAAGCAUUGAACUUGACGUAAAUGAUGGUUCAGACAAUGAACCAAUCCUUUGUAAUCGAAAUAACAUGACAACACACCUUUCCUUUCGAAGUGUCAUAGAGGUGAUAAAUAAAUUUGCCUUUGUGGCGUCCGAGUACCCACUCAUUCUUUGCUUGGGGAAUCACUGCUCCCUACCACAGCAGAAGGUAAUGGUUCAACAGAUGAAAAAGGUCUUUGGCAGUAAACUCUAUACUGAAGCACCUUUGCCGUCAGAAUCCUACCUCCCAUCACCAGAAAAAUUAAAAAGAAUGAUCAUUGUGAAAGGAAAGAAAUUGCCCUCUGAUCCAGAUGUUUUAGAAGGAGAAGUUACAGACGAAGAUGAAGAAGCUGAAAUGUCUCGAAGGAUGUCAGUAGAUUACAAUGGUGAGCAGAAACAAAUCUUGCUGUGUAGGGAGCUCUCUGACUUGGUGUCUAUCUGUAAGUCUGUUCAGUACAGGGAUUUUGAACUAUCUAUGAAAAGCCAAAACUAUUGGGAAAUUUGUUCAUUUAGUGAAACAGAGGCCAGCCGAAUUGCAAAUGAAUACCCAGAGGAUUUUGUAAAUUAUAAUAAGAAGUUCUUAUCACGAAUCUAUCCAAGUGCCAUGAGAAUCGAUUCCAGUAACUUGAAUCCACAGGACUUUUGGAAUUGUGGCUGUCAGAUUGUGGCAAUGAAUUUCCAGACUCCGGGUCCAAUGAUGGACCUUCACACAGGCUGGUUUCUUCAAAAUGGAGGUUGUGGUUAUGUUCUAAGGCCGUCCAUCAUGCGAGAUGAAGUUUCUUACUUCAGUGCAAAUACAAAGGGCAUUGUACCAGGGGUGUCUCCUUUAGUGCUUCAUAUUAAGAUCAUCAGUGGUCAGAACUUCCCAAAGCCCAAGGGAGCUUGUGCCAAAGGGGAUGUCAUAGAUCCCUACGUGUGUAUAGAGAUACAUGGAAUUCCAGCUGACUGUUCAGAACAAAGAACUAAAACUGUACAACAAAACAGUGAUAAUCCUAUUUUUGAUGAGACCUUUGAGUUUCAAGUGAACCUGCCUGAGCUGGCCGUGAUCCGUUUUGUGGUUCUGGAUGACGACUACAUUGGGGAUGAGUUUAUAGGGCAAUAUACAAUCCCGUUCGAAUGUUUGCAGCCUGGAUAUCGGCAUGUUCCCCUCCGCUCCUUUGUGGGUGACAUCAUGGAGCAUGUAACUCUUUUUGUCCACAUAGCAAUAACUAAUAGAAGUGGAGGAGGAAAGCCACAGAAGCGCAGCCUUUCAGUGAGAAUGGGGAAGAAAGUUCGGGAGUAUACCAUGCUCAGGAAUAUUGGUCUUAAAACCAUAGAUGACAUCUUUAAGAUAGCAGUUCAUCCCUUACGAGAAGCCAUAGAUAUGAGAGAAAAUAUGCAGAAUGCCAUAGUGUCUGUUAAGGAACUGUGCGGACUCCCUCCAAUUGCCAGUCUGAAGCAGUGCCUGUUGACCCUGUCCUCUCGGCUCAUCACCAGUGACAAUACUCCCUCCGUCUCUCUUGUGAUGAAAGACAACUUUCCUCAUCUGGAGCCUCUGGGGGCAAUUCCAGAUGUGCAGAAAAAGAUGCUGGCUGCUUAUGAUCUGAUGAUCCAGGAGAGCCGGUUUCUCAUAGAAAUGGCAGACACAGUCCAGGAAAAGAUCGUGCAGUGUCAGAAAGCAGGGAUGGAGUUCCAUGAGGAACUUCAUAAUCUGGGGGCAAAAGAAGGCUUGAAAGGAAGAAAACUCAACAAAGCAACUGAGAGCUUUGCUUGGAACAUUACAGUACUGAAGGGCCAAGGAGAUCUGUUGAAGAAUGCCAAGAAUGAAGCUAUAGAGAACAUGAAGCAGAUCCAGCUGGCGUGCUUGUCUUGUGGCCUUAGUAAAGCCCCCAGCAGUGGUGCCGAGGCCAAGAGCAAGCGCAGCCUGGAGGCCAUAGAGGAGAAGGAGAGCAGCGAGGACAAUGGGAAGCUGUGACCCUGAGCGCCAGCCACACCUUCACCCAGCCUUCCUGCCAAGGACUCUGGUUUUUCCUUCUGGUUUUCUUUCUUUGAGCUUUUUAGAAGUUCACAAAAAGAUGCCCUCUCUUGGGUAUUGGACAUAAACAGAUAUUUUCACAAUGUCAGUAUUUUAACAUAGUUAAUUUAUCUAAGUUAAAACCUUUAGUAGCAGUGUUUUAAAAUUCUGAGAUGUGUGUACACACUCACGUAUGGAUGUGGGCGGAAGUGUGUGUAUGUGUGUGUGUGUGAGAGAGCGAGCGAGAGACAGAGACAGAGAGAGAUAGAGAGAGAGAGACAGAGAGGGAGAGAGAGAGAGAGAGCAAAAGAGAAAGACUGAGAGAUAGGUGGGGACGGGAGAGAGAGAGGUUGAGAUGCUGUUAAAAUCUAUUCUGUGUUGCAUUAUUCAUUUAGUAAGUUAUUACUUUAUCAUUUUGGGACAAAUUUGUUAAUCUGAAAUUCUAAAAAGCACUUAACUACAAUCUGUUGCUGUGUUUAAUUUUACUUCUCUACCUUUGUCAUUUAAUUUGGAGAUCAUAACACAGCUUAUAAUUGAAGGAAGCCAAAUUUAUCAUGCAUAGAUGUUUUAAUAGAUUAAAUAUAGA